GUUAAAUUUUUAAUAAAAAAAAAGAUGAAGAAAAUAGGGCCAAUCCUGAUUAUUUUAGUCAUAAUCCUAGUAUCAGUCGCUUGAAAGUCCCAUUUCACCACAGAGGAUGACAUCAAGUACGAUGAGUUCGGAAAGGCCAACAAAAUCAAGCUCAAAUAGGCUUAACACCAAUCAAUCCAGUAAUGGAACUGAAGAGUUUGGCCAAGAUCCCAAAAGAGAUAGGAUCAGCCCUCGAGAAACACCUCAACAGGAGGAUCUUGCCCUGGCUGAAGAGGAAGAUCUGGAAUAUGACAUUGAGACUUCUCCUAUUCCAAAAGCGUUAAAGAAAGAAGGCAGCAAAAUAAACGUAAUGAUGAGCAAUAAGAAAGAACCUCAUUUCCUCAGAAAUGCAGCUCUGCUGUUGGCUUCUAUAUUCUUGAUGAUCAUCGGCCUCACUUUUUACUCUAUGAGAGUUGGUCCUAAAAAGGAUGAGGAAUAUGAGCAAUUUAUUGAAAUGCAAAAGUUCAAGAGCAGUAAAGUUCGUCAGAGGCCUGAGUCAAUGAUCGGUGCUUACAUCAGGAAGCACAAGAACAUCGAGAGCUUGAGCCCAACUGUAAACAUUCAGCAGAGUACUCACUUGGGAUAA